AGGAAUGGGGCGGUGUGUGUGUGUGUGUGUGUGUGUGUGUGGAGGGGGAGGGACGCAUGGCUGGCUGUGGCAAGUCUGCGGUGCGGGGCUGAAUCUCAAUGAGAAAGCGGUCAAUGUAAAUCACUGCAAGACACGGAGGAGAGAGAGAACAGCAUCUGCCGUCCGACCGACCAGCCAGCCAGCCAGCCUCUUCUGCGGGACAACAAAGGAGGUGUCGGGCUCACAUCACGACUCCUGUCAGCACAACCCAACAUCGGAAUCGUGACCAUUACGAAGAAACCUUGAAUAUUUCCUAAAUCUUCACCUUUAGACCUAAUCUGACUGGACGACAUGGAGGAACACUUUGACGAGAGGGACAAAGGGCAACGCACCAGCCGAAGCUUAGGCCGGACGAACGGGCUGUUCAGCCCCUCUCACAGCGCCCACUGCAGCCUGUACCGGACACGCACCCUCAAAGCUCUGAGCCAGGAGAAGAAGGCGAAGAAAGUGCGCUUUUACCGCAAUGGUGACAAGUAUUUCAACGGCAUAGUGUACGCCAUCUCAUCGGACCGGAUAAGAACCUUUGAUGCUUUGCUGGCCGACCUGACCCGAACCCUCUCUGACAACGUCAAUCUGCCCCAAGGGGUGCGAAUCAUCUACACAAUAGAUGGUUCCAAAAAAAUCACCAGUAUAGAUCAGCUGGUGGAAGGUGAGAGUUACGUGUGUGGCUCCACCGAAGCCUUUAAAAAACUCGACUACUCCAACAAUGUCAACCCUAACUGGUCUGUGAAUGUGAGGGCCCUGGGCUCCAGCAAAUGCCCCACAUCUCUAGCCAGCUUGAAAUCAGGACCACAGUCCAAAGAGGGCAAAGACUUCAUCAGACCCAAACUGGUCACCAUCAUUCGCAGUGGGGUGAAGCCGCGGAAGGCAGUCCGCAUCCUGCUUAACAAGAAGACGGCUCACUCCUUUGAGCAAGUUCUCACUGACAUUACAGAUGCUAUAAAGCUUGAUUCUGGCAUUGUCAAGACGAUCUACACUCUUGAGGGAAAACAGGUCAUGUGUCUUCAAGAUUUCUUCGGAGAGGAGGACAUCUUCAUUGCAUGUGGCCCGGAGAAGUUCCGUUUCCAGGAUGACUUUAUGUUGGAUGAAAGCGAGUGCCAAGUAGUGAAAUCAACAUCUCCUGGAAAGAUGGGGUCUUUAAACAGAAGCUCUCCCAGAAGUCUCACCCUUUCCAGACGCAGCAAGUCUCCUUCUGGAUCAGUGAAUGGGACCUCGGCCAGUCAGCUGUCCACACCCCAUUCUGCAAAAUCGCCCAGUCCAUCUCCCACAAGCCCCGGGAGCUUGAAGAAACACAGGGAAAUGGACAAGGCCAUCACUGACAGCACAGCUUAACUUCCCCACUUCUUCAAAGUGGCACUAAGAUCCACAGUCAAUCCUUAGUCUGGGCCGCUACAUUUGGAAACUUUUGCUCUUUCAUGUUUUGUCAUCAGAGUUAAGCGUGAAAAUGUACUAGUGUCAGCCAUGAAAUAUGAUUUCUGCUUUUAGUAGAGCAGCAAUCAUGAAGUUACAUGAAAUCGGGGUCCAGAAUUAACUUUUGCCAUUAUUCUGCCAAUGGCGAUAAUUUGAGAAAAUAAAUAAAAAAGAUUUUUAUUCCUGCCAUGAAGCUGUAUUUUACAUGAAAUGCAAGAUAAAAUAAAUACAUUGUGCACACGAUUUACUAAAACGUGCACACGAUUACUAUUGCGUUCCCUCGAUUUACUAUUGCGUUCGCUCGAUUUGCUAAAAAUCGAGAAAUAUUCCUCUCAAGUGUCACCACAUUGAGUUCAGAAGUCUCCUAUAUUUUUCCAAGGUUUUUCACUCAAGUACAAGUCAUCUGAAGGCAUGCACUUUUUUCAUAUCUUUAAAUUGAUUCGCUCACAUCACUUACAUCAGUGAGGGUAUGACUUUACAUAUAAGUCAUGUGCUAUACUGCAGUUUCUUUUUAAUAUUACCUGCCAAUGAGCAAAUUAUGUUUUUUAUUUACCAACCAUAACAAAUAUUUAUUCACAUUUGGUGCUUGGCCAGUGCUAAUUUUGGACCCUGAAUGAGACCACAUUGAGAAAGAGAAAUGGCAUGAUACAUGCUGUUGAAGGAGCAUGCAAUUCACCAGGAAGUGUUUUUUUUAUUCACCCCCCCUAGAAAUACAUUACUAUUUGAUUUCUGAGGAAAGUUUGAGUACGAUUGGGAUGCUUUUGACCAGGUCAAACUAUAUCUAAUCCUGCAGUUGAUAGACUAACGCAUUGAGGACUAAACUUCUUACCAGUCCAGAGUUUCUCUCAGGUUAUAAUAUGAGCCUUAAACCCGAGUGAUUACUCUUGCUUCUCUCUCUCUCUCUCUCUCUCUCUCUCUCUCUCAAGAGUCAAGGGUCUCCCUGUCUUCCAUUCUUUCUGAGUGUCUGUCUAUUACUUUUUCUUAGUUCUCCAUGACUAAAAUGCACCAGAGCAUUCAAUCACUGAGGAUACGGCGCUCCAUUCCAAAUGAUAAAAAUAUUGAGCUUUUGGGACACAUCAAAUCCAGCUGCAGGCAGUUAAAGUGCUGUUCUGCAGCCAGCGAAAUCACGUGCUGAUAUUGACCCAAAAUAGAUUAAUCAGAAACUGUUGGCCACUACUACGCUUUAUUGACCUCAAACCAGUUCAUAGUGAAAGACUGGUUUAUGUUCUUAACAUUGUUCUCACUGACUUUUUUUUUAAUUAAUUAAUAAAAGUGCUCUCCUAUUAUGGUUAACCCUCAUGUAUCAUGUACACUCUUGCAAAAAAAAAAAAAAAAAAAUUCCAAUCAUCUGAAACCAAGAUAAAUGCUAUUAGUAUAACAGAUAUUUCUGGUUUGCCAUAUGGGGGCCACCAUGUAAAGAUCACAUGACUAGCAUUUUUUUUUCUUGGUUAAUGGUUGACUGAAUUAAUGGUUGACUGCAAAUAUUGCAUUUCUUCAAUAGCAUUGCAACUGAUUUUUUUUGUAUGACGUUAUGACGUGUAUCUUUUAUAUGACGUUGAAAGCAAAACGUAAUUGACUGCACCUCUGAAAGAAAGUACAGACAUGUUCAACUUUUUAUAUUCUAAAUUGUUCCAGAUUGCAUUGGAAGUGGCUAAACAUCUUCUUGAGGAAGAGUCUGACUUUUAAUGAUUCUAAAUGCGAUUCGGUCGACGUGCAGGUUGAGAGACAGGGGCGCAGAGCACUUUGUGUUCACCCUCCACCCACUAGCAAAGACUCUCAGAUUCUCGUCAUUCUUUAUCUUAUCCCUUCCCGCAGCCUGAGCUCUUGAAGCUGGAUGAUCUCUCUGCUGUUUGAUUAUGUCAGAUGGCUUUGCUCUCAGCUUAUUGCUGUUGCAGAAUGAGAAUUUGGGACAGUCAGAUCUUCCCAAAGCAGCGACGCAUCUCAGCGUCUAUUCAACCAUCUCCUGCAUAAGUGGGUCAGGCUUUGAAAACUCCCCAGUGGAGUUCUGUGAAUGAAGGAAGGAGAAAAAACAUUUACAUAAAUACGAUACAAAUGCAAAAGAACUGAAUGUUCUCUCCAAAUGCUUCCAAAGAAGCAGGCACUUCCUUAUCUAGAUUAUGAAUCUAUAUGAGUCACUUAAUGUUGUUAUUGUGGCUUGCUUAUUCAGUGUGCACUAAUACAUUGAUAAUGUGUGUGAUUACAGCAGUACUCCACUAGCACUGCUGUAAUAUAUAUAUAUAUAUAUAUAUAUAUAUAUAUAUAUAUAUAUAUAUAUAUAUAUAUAUUUACCAUCACUGAAAGUUUAUACUCCAGUUUUAAAUGACCUCAUGCCUUCCAAGUGAAUGAAUUAAACACUGAUCAUUACUACUGAUUUAUUAUUAAUUAGCUUUACCACUCAAGCCCGGGCUGUGGAUUACAUUUAACACAUGACCUACUUUUAGAAACGAGCUACACGAGUGCCGGAUCUAUACUGAGAAUGUCUACGAGUGUGUGUGUGUGUGUCCUCAGGCAUUUCCCCUCCAUCAUUUCUCUUUCUUUUCACAAGAUCUCAGUUCCUGUGGGGAAAAAUAUGGAACACAUAUGCAUUAGAUGCUAUGGCGACAAAUACAUUUUUAAUCCGUGUCAGAAAACAUAAAAUAGGGAUGUUGUUUCCAAGUCUGCUAAUCCAGCUCAAUCUGUCUUAAACGAGGAUGAAUCGAGGUAAAUGAGGUUACAGUUUAAAUCGUAUCAUCAUAGUUGUGAGAUUAAAUGAAAAUUAACUAGAAGGUAGUAUGAGUGCAUUAGGUGUUGCGUAACAUGAAAAGUGAGGACAUUAAAAGAGUUGAGUGCUGUUAAGGAUUGAAUUGAAAAUGCACCUGUUUAAUUCCUUAGUUUUAGCUGUAUUCUGUGGAUGUGUUCCAUUUAAUUUCAAUUGCAUAAAAACACAUUCUUCAUCAUCUCCAUUAAAUGAUGUCCCUCAAACUGUCUGUUGGGUUGCAUGCUCUUCACAUUUUCCUUUGGCAUUUUCACACCUGUAUUUUUUUUUUUUUCAAUGUUUAAUUGCCAUUGUGUUUGUGUGCAUGUGAUGUGUGUUUUCAUUCAUUCCAUGAACAUUCAUUUCAAAAUUAAUGCUUGCGUCUUCCAAGUAUGAUAUCAAUUCACAUGGAUGUUUUAAAAGAAGUUGGAUUUUCGCAUGUACUUGUGUUUCUGUUUAUUGUACAUUAGCAAAAUAAUGACGUUCUUAUAAAGGGAUAGUAAUUGUCAUCAUCUACUCAUACUCAUGUCAUUCCAAACCUAUUCUUUUGUGAAACAGAAAAAGAGCUAUUUUGUAAAAUGUGCUUGCAUGGAGUUUUUCAUUUUUGAGUGAGCAAUUUCUUUAACUGCUCACUUCCUCCUCAUUCCAAAAACAGACACCUUGCAUAUUGUAUGAUCCCAUGUAAAGAUCACCACUUUUCUUUCUCUGUCUCCACAGUAGUUUUCAGUCCUCUUGUGUUUAAUUGUUUUCACUGUUUUGCAGUCUUCACCUUUUUGUUUAGGACUCUUCUGAGUUAUAUUAUCCUGUAUAUCUUUGCUUUCAAGCCAUUGUUAGUCAUGUAGUUUUGUUUUUGUUUUAGUUUUGUAUCACAUUCUCUCAUUUUCAGUUGUUUUUAUGUGUAGAAAGAAUGUCUAAUGCAUUGUCUGUUUGCCACAAAGCAUUUCAUGAAACGUUUCCAUCAUGUGUGUAUGAUUGAAGAUGCUAAAUGCAUUAAACAGUAAGUCUCUUUAUCUAGUAAAAACUCAACUGGGUGUCCUUUACUAAUA